GCACACUGAGCUCAGACUGCACUCUGUUGCCGUCUCAUCAUUCUGACCUCUUCCAUUCUCACUCCCCUACUAAAUCUCUCUCCUCGAGACUCAUCUCUAUUUUCUAUCUCACUCUCUGCUUGGUAGAACUUUAAGUAAAUACUGAUCCGUGUUUACAGCGUGUUGUUUGACUUGUUUGCACUUUUAAUGGCAUCCUACACAGUAGCGAUCGUUCCUCUGAGGAGCAGCAUCAACGGUCUGGAUGCCCUGCGAUUCUUCCUCUGGGUAAAGAAACUGCAGGAGCUGGAAAGAGAGAAAGACAUGCUGUGGUUGAGUCUGCCGUAUCUGGAGGAAACAAAAUACUGGAUUCAAUCAGCAGUGAACAACCCCAGGAUAGGAAAGCUAAAAACGGACAUGGUGAACGCCACACCUAUAAUGAACCACUGACUUCAUUCCAAGCUUUUUUUUAAGCAACAGACUGAGCAGUGUAAUUGUUUAAUCCUUAAUAUGCUAAGUGCUGUUUGUCUAAACAGUGAAAAUAAAGAAUAAAAUUUGACUACA